CUAUAAAAUGACAAAUCAUCUAACUCCUGUACUGCCCUUCCAAUUACAUGGAAUCAGGAUCCAAUGUCAGCGACAAACAUGUUAAGCACAUUUGUUUGUUGUUUUUAUAACUUUUUAUAUCGAUCUUAAGCAUCUAACCGUCAUACUCACAUAGAUUUAAAGCUAAAUGUUGGUUACCAAUACACACAUUCACCAUCUCCUACAAUAGCCAUCCUUAACCAUGGCAGCCUGGUUCGUUAUCUUCAUCAUCUCCAUCUCCAUCUCUGUUCUCCUCAUACUCAUCUUCAACUAUCUCUUUCAAACCCGAAAACCCUCUCGAAAUCUCCCACCAGGCCCCCUUCCUCUGCCCAUCAUUGGUAACUUGUUCUUGUUCCGCAAAUCUUUUAAUGACUUUCAGUGUAUACUUAAGUCCCUUCAUGCCAAAUUUGGUCCUAUAAUCACCCUCCACUUUGGUUCUCGCCCGGCUAUUUUCAUUGCCGAUCGCUUUCUUGCCCACCAGGCCUUGGUCCAAAAUGGUGCCAUUUUUGCUGACCGUCCUCCAGCUUUAGAUGGUAGAGAACAAGUUGUUAUCACCACUGCUCUCUAUGGCUCCACAUGGCGUGUGCUACGACGUAACCUUACAGCAGAAAUGCUCCAGUCUUCUCGUGUGAAAUCUUAUUCACAUGCGCGCAAGUUGGCGGUGGAAAGACUCUUGAAAGUCCUCAAGAUUCAGUCUAAAUCUGGUGAUCAUCCGGUCCAAGUGAUGGAACAGUUUCAACUCUCCAUGUUUAGCCUGCUAGUCUUCAUGUGUUUCGGAGACCAGCUUGAAGAAGAGAAAAUCAAGGAAAUAUCAGAUGUUGAGCGGAAAAUGAUGUUGAGUUUCAGUAAAGUGAGUAUGAUUUCUAUUUGGCCAAGAGUAACAAAAAUUUUGUUUCGUAAACAAUGGAAAAAGAUCUUCAAACUACAAGAAAAAUCGAAGCACUUGAUCGUCCCUUUGAUACUAGAGAGAAAGAAGGCAAAGGAAGAGAAGUUGAGUGAAGGCGAAAAUCAGGUCAGCAACAUAAAUGUCUCCUACGUUGAUACGUUGUUAGAUUUACAGCUACCAGAAGAGAAUAGAAUCCUUAGUGUCGAAGAAAUUCUUGGUUUAUGCUCCGAAUUUCUCAACGGAGGAACAGAAAAUACAUCCGCACUGUUGCAAUGGAUCAUGGCAAACUUGGUGAAGUAUCCACGUAUCCAAGAGAAGUUGUUCAUGGAGAUCAAAGGGGUCAUGGGAGAUGAUGACGAAAUGGUGAAAGAAGAUGAUUUAGAGAAGAUGCCAUAUCUAAAAGCAGUGAUCUUAGAAGGGCUAAGGCGACAUCCUCCUCUUCGGUUUUUGUUGCCUCAUGCAGUGACAGAAGAUGUGGUUUUAAAUGGUUACUUGAUGCCAAGAAAUGGGACAGUGAAUUUCAUGAUAGGAGACAUGGGAAGUGACCCAAAGGUGUGGGAAGAUCCAAUGUCAUUUAAGCCAGAGAGGUUUUUAUGUACCGAUCAUAACAAGGAUGGAAAGGAAUUUGAUAUAACAGGGAGCAAGGAGAUUAAAAUGAUACCAUUUGGGGCAGGAAGAAGGAUUUGUCCAGGGUAUGCAUUGGCCAUACUUCAUUUGGAGUAUUAUGUGGCAAAUUUGGUCUGGAAUUUUGAAUGGAAAGCUGUGGAUGGAGAUGAUGUCAACAUGGAAGAAAAGCACGAGUUCUCAGUAAGGAUGAAGCAUCCAUUAAAAGCCCUUAUAUCUCCAAGAUUUUGA